AACCGUAUAGACGUACAUUUUGUUAUGUCCUGUUUCAAAACGAUACGAUUUCGAUUUCAAAUUUCGUUCUGAUUUUCCUUCAAGUAAACGGAAGAACAUUUUUGAAAAAAAAAAAAAAAAAUAUUUUCUCAGUUCGAUCGGAAUGAGCGAACAAAAAAAAAUCUUAUUGAGUUAUAGUGAAUUAUUGCGAUUAUAAUUAAAAAAAGGAAGAAAAAAAUAUAUGAACAAACGAAUUUUGAAAUAAAUUAUCAGUGACAACGGCAAAAAAGAAGAUUAUUUUUUUUUGUGUGCAAAGUGUUUUCUACUGAAAGUGCACCAAAAUAAAUGAAAUUUUGAAGAAAAAAAAUAAAGAGAUGAAAAAUAUACAAACAGAUUUAUUGAAUUGUUAAAACAAAAAAUACAAUUACGGUGUUUUUGUGUGCAUAUACAAUUAAUUAAAGAAAAUUAAACGAAAAAAAGCACCGAAAAAUUAAAGAGCAAAUCGAAAGAGGUAGCGAAUAGAAAGCGACAAAAAAAGGAGCGAUCAAGCGAAAUCAAGUUCAAACUUAUCCAAAAUAAUUCAUGAUAAAAUCAUCAGGUAUGACAGUUACUCCUGUUAGCACGGCCAUGACAAGCCCGACGGUUCCUCACAUUUUACAACAGCAAAAGACGAGUCGUAUAAGCAAUUUCAGUGUGGACUCAUUGUUAGCCGAUACACGACCAUCAUCGUUAGCCUCAUCACCAGCAUCAACAACAUUAUCACCAAGCAUAACCACAGUAGCAUCGCCAAUCAAUUUAAAACAUCAUCACAUUGAGAAUAGCCUAGCCCAUAAUAGUAUUACACCGCUUGCGAUAGCCUCAUUGCAACGAAGCGCUCUCCUCCAUCAAAGAAAUCAAUUGAAUGAUUCGAGCAGCACAACAAGUUCAACCACAAAAAAUGAACGAAACACACCACAUAGUUCGGCAUCAGCCGAAUCAGAUAUUGAAUAUGAUUCGAAUGCCGAUGAUGAUGACAAUUCAAUUGUCGACAUUGAGGAUGUACGAAAUGAAAACAGUAUGACACCGCCAAAUAGUGGUGAAAUUGAAAAAUCCCGACAAAUGUUGAUGGCAACACAAGCAGCACUCAGCGGCCAUGUACCAAUUCGACCAACACCAUUCAGCGCAUUGGCGGCGGCUGCAUUUCAUGGUAUUGGAGCGGCCGGUGGCAUUCCAUGGCCAGGAGCAAGACAAAUGCCAACAUUUCCACCCGGCAUGUUUCCUGGACAAGGUUUUGGCGCAGGUCAUCAUGGACAAGAUGGUAAUGAAGUACCUCGAAUCAAAUGCAACCUACGGAAACACAAGCCAAACCGAAAGCCACGAACACCAUUUACAACGGCUCAACUACUGUCGUUGGAGAAGAAAUUCCGUGAAAAGCAAUACCUGAGCAUUGCCGAACGAGCUGAAUUCUCGUCGUCAUUGCGAUUGACUGAGACACAGGUGAAAAUCUGGUUCCAAAAUAGACGAGCCAAAGCGAAGCGUUUGCAAGAAGCUGAAAUUGAGAAAAUUCGCAUGGCACAAAUGGGCCGUACAACAGGUACAGCAAUUUACAUGAACAUGGGAAACAUCGGAUAUUUUGCACCACCCGGCAUCAUCGGUAACGGCAUGCAUCUGUAGUAGAAAUAAUUAUAUUGCAAAUAAAAAAUAAAUUUGUCAGCAAAGACGAUGCAUCCACGGCAAAUUGCAUUCGCUAAUUUAAAUACAUAUGUUUUUCAUUUUCUUCUCGACUGAUUAUUAUGUUUUGAGUACAUAUUGCGCCAUAAGAAUUUUUUGAAUUAAAUUUUUUGAAUUAAAAGCGAGAGAGCAAUCAACGUUUGGCACAUCAAUUACAUAAAAUGUAAAUGCACAAAUUUUUUAAUUCAAAUGAGCCAGUCCAUUGAGCAAUUUAAGGAAGAAAAAAAAAACAUGUCUCUCACACGGCAAAUGCCAGCUAGAAUUGUUUUCGCUCUAAUUUAUCAACAUCACACACAAAACAAACAAAAUCAUACACACAUUUAUGAGUUAAAUAUUAAAUUUUAGUGACACACACACAUACAUUUCAUCGUUCGUGAGUAAGCUUGUAAAUAGUAAUUUUUAAUAAAAAAAAGAAAUAAAAAUAAAAUAAAAUCGGACACUAACUCAAAUACAUUUAAAUGAAACAAAAAAACAACAAUUAUUGAUUAAAUUAAAUUAUGUAGUGUGAAUGGAGAAGCAACGUUUAAGUUUAAUAUGAAUUGAAGCAAAAUAAAAAACAAAUGUAAAUAGAAUUCAAAAUCCAAAGGUAUUUAGUUUCUCAUUUUCUUUUUCCAUUUUUUUUAGUUUUGUCUUAUUUCAAACAUCUACCGUUUUUCCUUCCUUUCCACACAUACGAACAUUCGUUCCUGACUGUAAAAAAGCAUAUAACGUUCAAUUACGUUGUGUCUCAUGUUAUACGAUGCUCAAGUGCAUUCACAUGUUUCUAAUUAUUAACACCACUUUACACACAAACAACAUUUCACUCAUAUCAACAUACCAUUAACCGUUCUUAAACUCUGCUCACCGCUCAAUUUGCCACCAAUCACCAUAAUCAUCGUCAUCUCUCAACAAAAAAAAAACCCAAACAAAACGAACAAGAAAAUUGAAAAUAAUUUUAUCAGGAGACAUAGAGAGUGUAUUAUUUAUCUCAAAUGCACGCAAUGUGAUUUUAUUUUGUGUUUAGAACUUUUUAUUUUAUUAGUUAUUUAAGGAUAAUAUCAUAGAAAGAAAAAAAAUAAUGUGUAAAAUAAAGCAGAA